GCCUCGUUCACUCGUCGUCCGGCGCGCGUCCAAUAAACCAUCAGGAGUGAGUUUUUCUCUCCUUAUCUUUCCUUCCCGUUCGUUAACCCGUUUCUGUCUCUCUCGCCAACAAGCGAGUAUCCAUACCCGUCAAAGAAAAGAACAAAGAUGUCUGGAUUAGCGGACCCAGUGGCAUUCGCCAAGGAUUUCAUAGCUGGUGGCGUGGCCGCUGCUAUCUCAAAAACAGCAGUAGCACCUAUCGAACGUGUGAAACUUCUAUUGCAGGUACAGCACAUCUCUAAGCAAAUCGCCGAAGAUCAACGUUACAAGGGUAUGAUCGAUUGUUUCGUUCGUAUCCCUAAAGAACAAGGAUUCUUAAGUUACUGGCGUGGUAAUUUUGCAAAUGUCAUCCGAUACUUCCCUACUCAAGCUUUGAACUUUGCAUUCAAAGACAAAUACAAGCAAGUUUUUCUUGGGGGUGUUGAUAAGAAUACCCAAUUCUUCCGUUAUUUCCUUGGUAAUCUUGCAUCUGGUGGUGCUGCUGGUGCCACGUCUCUCUGCUUUGUGUAUCCACUUGAUUUUGCCAGAACUAGGUUGGCAGCUGAUGUUGGCAAAGCUGGUGGAAAUCGUGAAUUCACUGGACUUGGAAAUUGCUUGACUAAGAUCUUCAAAAGUGACGGACUUACCGGUCUUUAUCGUGGUUUCGGAGUAUCCGUCCAGGGUAUCAUUAUUUAUCGAGCGUCUUACUUCGGUUUCUAUGACACUGCCCGUGGCAUGCUGCCGGAUCCUAAAAAGACACCAUUCCUUAUUUCAUGGGGUAUUGCCCAAGUUGUAACAACCGUAGCUGGUAUUAUAUCUUAUCCCUUUGACACGGUACGUAGACGUAUGAUGAUGCAGUCUGGACGUGCCAAGACUGAUAUCUUGUACAAGAACACUUUACAUUGCUGGGCUACUAUCUACAAGACAGAAGGUGGUAGGGCAUUCUUCAAAGGUGCAUUCUCUAACGUUCUUCGUGGUACUGGUGGUGCCCUCGUACUUGUAUUGUACGACGAAAUUAAGAACCUUCUUUAAGAAUACUGCAAUGAUAUCCUCACCUCAUUAACUUCACAAUCGCGAUCACAACCACCUUCAUCGUUAUCCUUGUCAUUCAAUUUAGUAACAAUUUCCAAAUCGAGAGACAGAUUACCCAUAUAACUGUCGAUAACUAUUAACAAUUAAUUCAAGCAAAGGAUAAUCGACAGCGAUUAAUGCAUGGAAAACUCGCCAGAAUAUAAUAAUAAUAAUAAUAAUAAUAAUAUUGUUUUCGUGAGUUAGAUGAGAAAAUAUUCUUAAUUUAUUGUCGAAUUCAGUAUUUUGUUGCAGUGACUCAACGUUAUAUAUAAUUACAACUUAUUAUCAUAUGUCACUUCCAUUAUAGAACAAACAAAAAAAUAAAAUAUAUGUACGUAUUUGCGAAAAGGAAAAAAAAGUAUAACAGUUUUAGAAAAACUUGUUUGACGUGUAAUAUUAUAAUAAAAAAAAAAAAACUAAAAAAAAAAAGCAUUAUACGUGCAUAUGUGAGAAAAGCUAUAAUUAAAAUAUUGGAAAGGUAAUCGGUCUACUUGACUUUAACAUUGAAGGUUGUUCAUAGUAAAAGCAAAAUAAACAGGGAUGUACAAUUGAUCGAGAGAGGGACGCGCGACGAAAAAUAAAAAAAAAAAACAUUUAAUAAACGGCGAUGGCGGGGCGCGUAGACCUGGGCCGCCCCCCGCCCUUAAUCUCGGCCCAUUGUAGAUAAUUAAUUAUUCGUAAUUAAUAAAAUAUCAUUUUAUGGUAUCAGUGAAAGUCCAUCGAAGUUUCAUGGACAUUUUAUUUAAUUUCACACUCCAGUCGACUAUGUGUAAGAUAAUGAGACGCGUUAUUCAGAAUGAAUGUAAUCUGUUUAUGUUAAGAUGCAUUCAAGGAAAGCAGCAAAUCAAUAAAAAUGAUACAAAAUUUAA